CGCACAGCUAACAGGAUGCAAGUAAAUCGAAGCAAAUUUCCAAACGUGACACUCACGGACUGCAUUUUCCAACACCUGAGGAAUCAUUUAGACGCCGUUGCAGAAAAGCCUUGGCUCAUCGACGUGUGCACGGGCAAAAAAGUGUUAUUCGGUGAAGUGGAAGAGCUGGCAAGAAACGUGGCGAGUGGUUUGGCCCGCCGUGGAUUUGCCAAAGGCGAAAUUCUCUACUUUGUUACCUACGACAUAGUGGACAUGGCAAUUCUUCAACUGGCUGUUUGGCUCCUGGGAGGAGCAACUCGGGGCAGUUUCCAGACCGAGGAGCCAGAAAAGUUCCGACGCGAAAUGAAUGAGGUGCAUUGCAAGUUUGUCGCAGUCGAUACCGAAACAGUGCUCGCUGUCAAAAAAGCAAUACGUCUCUGUGAUACGGAAUGCACAAUUAUUGAUGUCGGUGACGCAAACAUUGAAGGCACUUUGAGAUUUUCUGACUUGACCAAAGACGACGGAUUAGCAUUUCCGGAAAAUAUAGAAAUCGAUCUUGAAAAUGACAUAUUGCUAAUUAGCAACACAAGUGGAACCACCGGCGAGCCAAAAGGAGUGAUGCACACUCACAAAUCCAUCGUUUCCCUGAUGUCUUGUUGUGAUGAAUUAUCUGCCGAGAACGGACACGACGAGAGCAUCCUGAUUACAGCAAAUAGCUUCGCUAUUUCCAAUGCUUGGACGACCUCUGUUUAUCUCGCCACUGGCAAUACUGUUUACUGCAUCGGAAGAUACAGGAAGGAAGAAUUUCUCGACCACGUAUUCAAGUUCAGACCUAGGAAACUGUUUCUGUACCCCUACAUAUCUGGCUGGUUGGCGCGCUCCCCAGAGCUGCAGAAGCACGACUUAAGCUUUAUAAAAGGAAUGACGAUAGCAGGUUCGGUCAUCGACCCGACAACUAUUCGACUCUUGCAAACGGGGUUUCCAAAUUCUGUCAUUAACAUGGCUUAUGGUCAAACAGAAUGCCUGAAAAUUUCACUCACAUUUAACAGUGGAAGUUGUCAAAGGUCCCUGAUUGGUUACUCCCCUGAUGGGGAAGAAAUGGUGACAUCUGGAACUCUGUUCCCGCUGAUUCAAGCAAAGAUUGUAGACAUUGAGACGAAAAAAUUGCUCGGCUGCAACAAGCUCGGCAAACUGUACAUCAAAGGAUUGCACUUAAUGACAGGAUACUUGGUGGAAAAAGGGAAAAUGCCGAAUAGAUCGUGCUUUGAUAAAGAAGGGUGGUUUGACACUGGAGACGUAGCGUUUUUCGAUUCAAUUGGCCAACUGUUUGUGAGAGAACGCGUUUCCUUCAUAUUCAAAUACUACAUGCACUUUGUGAGCCCCUCCGAAAUCGAAGCUAUUUUGCAACAGCACCCUGCCGUCCAAAUGGCCUGCGUGAUCGGAGUCCCGAACAGGGAAACUACAAAUCUUGCAAAAGCCCUUGUGGUUCUAAAAGACAGAGAAACCACUACUGAAGAGGAACUGCUCAAGCUUGUGGCGGACAAGCUGCCAUCUUACAAACAUCUCUACGGCGGACUGCAGUUUGUCGAUUCGCUGCCCGAAAAUAAGGGGAGAAAAUUAGACAGAGUGGCUAUAGCGAAAAUGUAUGUUUAAACCUUGCAUUUAUUU